GCUCGAGCCACAGGAACACGGAAGCAAAUGCCGAGCGAGCGCUUGCAAACUCAUCGCUUGAAUCACCGAGGAGGGCACAAGGACAUGAGCCAAGAGCUUGGGACUAUGACUUCUGUGGAUAGUUCAUAAACCAUCAUCGUAUUAUAUCUGUACGUCCACUCAGCGCCUUUUCAUCCCUACAUUCAGGAACAGAAUGGCAUCGAUUUUGCUCACCAGGUCUCGGACUCCGUUGGUGAAAACAUCUAGGUCAUUAAAGAACGAAUUCAGAAAAGGAAAGUUGUCUGAAGGCGUAUGCUUUAACUGCACUGCACUGCGGUUAACCACAAACAGCAGCCAUGGUGCUCUUGGAGGCAGCAUGUGGCCUCAUGCCUCAUCUGUCCUGUACCUUGACAGUUCGUCAGCACUUCAGCAGCACUUGUCCAGGUCACCUCGCCUUUACUGUGCCGUCUUCGUACCUGACCCUGCCCUGCCUGUGCACACCCACUCCACAUAUUCCAGGACGCUAGCCUGGCCACAGAAUACCCCAGUCCGGUGGGUACAUACUACAGGCCGUCUCCAUGAUGAUUCAAAGGUCGAGCGUUCUUUGCGUACACUGAAAGAUCGCAAUAAAAAGCUUGAAGAGGGAGGACCGGUGUACAGUCCGACAGUGGAUGCAGAACCUGUGCGACGGACGAUACGUCAACGCGUGAUUGAUGAAGUGAAGCACUAUUAUCACGGGUUCCGCUUAUUGUGGAUAGACACGACCAUCUCUGUGCGGAUGCUCUGGAGGGUACUGAACGGACACAUUCUGUCACGCCGGGAGAGGAGACAGUUCCUGAGGACGUGUGCAGAUGUCUUCCGGCUUGUGCCCUUUUUGGUCUUUAUUAUCGUCCCAUUUAUGGAGUUUCUGCUUCCUGUUGCAGUGAAGCUUUUCCCAAACAUGUUGCCUUCCACCUUUGAGACACAGUCCAUAAAGGAGGAAAGACUGAAAAAGGAGCUGAGAGUGAAGUUAGAGAUGGCCAAGUUCUUGCAGGAUACAAUUGAGGAGAUUGCACUAAGAAACAAAGCAGCUAAAGGCAAUGUAACCGAGGAGUUCUCCACUUUCUUUCAGAAGAUCCGUGACUCUGGAGAGAGACCCAGUAAUGAGCAGAUCAUACGUUUCUCUAAACUGUUUGAAGAUGAACUGACCUUAGAUAAUCUGACCCGGCCGCAGCUGGUGGCCUUGUGUAAGCUGCUGGAGCUGCAGUCCAUUGGAACCAACAAUUUCUUGCGCUUCCAGCUUAUCAUGAAACUCAGAGCCAUCCGUGCGGACGACAAGCUGAUAGCAGAUGAGGGAGUGGACAGUUUGAAUGUGAAAGAGCUGCAGUCAGCAUGUCGUGUGAGAGGGAUGAGAGCUCUGGGUGUGACGGAGGAGAGACUUCGAGAGCAGCUUAAGCAGUGGUUGGAGCUUCAUCUCAAUCAACACAUCCCCACAUCUCUACUGCUGCUGUCCCGAGCCAUGUUCCUGCCAGACACACUGUCCCCUGCAGACCAGCUUAAAACCACACUACAGAACCUGCCAGAGAUCAUGGCUAAAGAAGCGCAGAUGAAGGUGGCAGAGCUGGACUUCUCUAAAGUGGAUAACAAGACCAAGCUGGAGGCCACUCUACAGGAAGAGGCAGCCAUCCGACAGGAAAACAGAGAGCGGGAGCUGGAGAGACUGGCAGAUGCUGCUGAGAAAGUAAAGAAACUGGCCGCAAAGGAGGGUGAGAUGGUGGAGUUGGAAGCAAAACGACGGGUGGAUGCAGAACAUUCUCUUUCCAGCGUAGACGUGGCCAUCCAUUCAGAAACACUACGAGAUACUGCACCCGUGCUGGAGGGUAUUAAGGGGGAGGAGAUCACUAAGGAAGAGAUUGACAUGCUGAAUAAUGCCUGCACCAAACUGAAGGAGCAGAAGAAUCUCCUCACCAAAGAGAAAGAAGAGCUUGAGGACCUAAAGGAUGAUGUGCAGGAGUAUAGCGAGGACCUGGAGGAGAUAAAGCGAGAGCUAUCCAAGACGGGACAGGAGAAAGUAAUGGAGUCUAAGGCAAGUCAACAUCUGUCAAAGCGAGUCAACCGCAUGAUUGGAAGAGUGGAUAAGAUCAUCACUGAGCUGGAGAAGGACAAGGUGGUGUUAGACGGACAGAUGGACAGCGGCACCACACCACCAAUUGGAUUGUUCUUUGAGAAACAUAGUGACUUGCCAAGUGUGUUCUUGUCCUACAGGGAGAAUCUGAUAAGCAUCAACGAGCUAAUUACAGUGAUGAAGCAGAUCCAGAGUAUUCCCGAACACAAGCUGCUCAGCAUCGCGGACGCACUCGACGAAAACAAAGAUGGCAAGAUAGACAUUGAUGAUGUCCUCAAGGUGGUUGAGCUGAUCGACAAGGAGGACAUCGAUAUCUCCACCAACCAGGUUGCAGAGAUCAUGGUGAUGCUCCAGAAGGAGGAGAAGUUGAUGGAGAAGGAGAAAGCCAAGGAGAAGGUCGAGAAGGAGCAGGCAGCUAAACUCCAAAACUAGACUAACCGUGAAGGGAAUGGAAGAGAUCCUGAAGCUUUUUCAGGUCUAAUAAUAUGCUCAGAUUCAGAGCGAGGCUAAAAACAGUGCUGACCUUCGCUCUUUGCUUUGUUCAAGUAAGACUAUUGUAUAAUCAAUGAAUUGAGGGAACUGUAUUUAUUAGAAAGCAGGAGUAGUUUAGUAUGGAGCCCUGUACUGAAAUUGAGGCCAUAAAUUAAGAAAAAGUUCCCAACAUUUGUUCCCUUGUUGAGGGUUAAAUGAUUUCCAUAUUGUACUAGUUUGUUCCCAUUUAUUGAUUUGCUCCCUCGCUUUAUUUAAAUUGGGGCAACAAAGUAGUACAAAGUGGAACUAUUUAAUAGGUGGUGGCUACGAUAUCUUACUUUUCCCUCAAAUUUCAUGUGCACUGCACCCUUAAAUUCAGAGAUGAAUUUUGAAAAGGCCCCUUCUUAUAGGUUGAGCGAGUCAUUUCUGCGCCACUACUGGCACAAAACAAACUGUGUGUUUGAGCGGACUUAUUGGGUUGGACAUAAUACUAACAGCUCAACCAAUAGCGUGAGUUUGGGGAGGAGUUAUCAGUCAUUACUUUUGUGGCACAGAAAUUGCACGCUUCAGCUAUAAGAUGCAAAAAAUUGACUUUGAGAGUACCGUAAAUUUACACCCAGUGAUGUCAUUUCCUGAGAUCUGAGGUAAUUUCCUCUCUUUUGCACAAUACAUCACCUGUCACCAUCAUUCCACUACUCAUUCAGUUUGAUUUAAUUGCAUUUUUACUUCUUUUCAGUUCACAAUCUUUUUUCAUGAGCUUGCUGAAUGUUGCGCAGAAGACAUUGAUAUCAUCUCACUCAUGUUUAUUCAGUAACCAAAGGUUUGUUGCAGAUUUUAUGCUUCAUUUAUACUUGUACAUACACAUUCAAGCCACCAAGCACUGAAGCUUCAUGUCACACACCAAAGGUAUGAAAUUGUAUUGGGAUCUAUAUCUUCGGCACUUUUUUGGACUGACUUGAAGACAGUAGCAGAGUUAGAUUUAUAGAUUUUGAUGUGCGUUGUUUAUUCAGCUUUUAUCUUGGGGUGAUUUCAGCAUCACAUUUACAUUGUGGCCUUAGCAAAUCCCUCAAAAUCAAAUCAAGGCAAUAAAUUGAGAUAAUAAUAUUUAACAGUUCAACAUUGCUAGUAUUUGCAUUGCACAGUAAAUAUCUGUGCAUUGGGCGUCUCUGUUAGCUGGCUUGGAUUAAUGAUAGAUGAUUUGUGAGUGUAUGUAUGUGUGAAAGAGUACCUUGGAACCUGAGAGGUCAGUGCAGACAGAAUCAGCUCAGCCAUCUAGUCAGUAUGUGGCCUGGUUGAUCGCUUAUUCCUUACAUGGAGAGAGCGGCAGCAGUCGUUCUCAUUGCAGAGCACCUACACUAACUGGAAUGUGUCAAUCAGCUUGAGACUCGCACGCUUACUGGUGGCGUGAGUCUGGAAGCAUAGUUUCACAGGGCACAUAAGGCCGGGAAUACAUCAUCUUAACCCUAAACAUGUCAUGGCGAGGGACCAGCAUGUCUAACCUCAAAGCACAGUUCCUGUGCUGUGUCUCAGACAGAGUGUCUAGGUGCCUAUUUCACAUCGUGUCCCUUAUAGGGAUAGUUCACCCAGAAAUAACUAUUUUAUUUUGUAAAACACAAAAUGAGAUGAUUAAAUAAAAAAUUCUCACUGCAUAGGACAAAAAAAAAUGAUGACAAUUUUCGAUUUUGGGUGAACUGUCCCUAACUUACCCAGGGGACCCUUAAUUAUAGUAAUGGCAUUUAGGCCUUUAACUAUGUUUAUGAAUUAGUAUUAUCAUACCGUACGAUAGAAAAAAAAUCCCACGUUUUCCGUUUUUAUUGAGCGAGUAUUUAAUGCUAAUGUAUAAUUGCACUAUAUUCCGAACUUUAAUUUUCCUAUUUGGCGUGUCGAUCUAGACUCAGGAAGAUGCAUGUAAUGUCUGUUUGCACAUUGAGAUGUAUUUUGGGGAAACUUGCACACUUGAAUUUUUAAAGUGGUAGAUAUGAUGAAUUUUGUAGAAAGGUAUAAAGGUACCUUGCCGAUUGUGUUUUGUUUUGCGAUUUUUAAAUUUAAGUUCUCAGAUUAAUUUAUAAAAGAUAGCGCAUGUGCACGUAAGUGACCACAGACUGAAUGGAUUAAAGAUAUGAUGUAAUUAUGCCUGGAAACUAAUUUACUGCUUAAGUUCAUUUAAACGGAUUGAAUAUAUUAUUUAUUUUCCCCUUAUAAGGCCCGUACUUUGUGUCUUAGUAUUUUUUUUUUUGACUAUUCUGUAUUUGUUAGAAGGUUCAAGACCUAAAUACUGUUACGCUAGUUAAUUUGAAGACUAACCAAUAAUUGUGAAAUAAGUGAUGUGUAAAAAGGUUUUUGAAAAUCAGUAUGACUCAAAAUAAGACAUUUAUUUUGUUGUAAAUAUACUAUUUACAUACAAGUGGUUCCAAAGUCAAAUAAAAUCAAACUGAUCU